AUGCCUCAAAAGCAAUUGAGUUGGGACGCCGAGCCCUUCCCAGGGCUUUCGCCAGAUUCUCUGACCAUGAACAGCCCAGAAACGGUCGCUUUAAACGCGACCGAUCACCGUGCCGCCACCCCGGUACACCUCGAGAAGAACGACUACUUUUCCUCCCCCUGCACAUCGGAAGACACAGGACUCUCUGAAAAUAGCAGUUCGGCCUCUGGUGGCUCGAGCCCUGUCCACUCCGGCAGUGAAUCGCCAUCCUUUGAGUCCGGGUGGCAGGACCCAGUCGACCAGCUGCCUUCAGCGGCGAAUAUCGCGCCCCCGGAGAUAUUAUUUCAGAUCUUUUCUAUGCUUAGCCCGAGAGAUUUCGACAAUGCUCGACGCACUUGUUCGCAAUGGAUGCGGGCCAGUUUGCAGCAGAAGCUUUUGGAGAGCAUGGUCAAAAGGGCCGGGUGGUGGGAUGCAUGGCAGCAGGACUGCCAGUCUUAUCAUCCUGCCAACGGUGUCGAAGAGAGCGUUGUGUGGCGAUUAAGCAAGCGUUUCUCAACCGAGUGUGUGCUAUCCGGCCGAAAGGCAAAUGUCGAGAAGAGCGGCUUUUUAUCGACUGGAAUGGUCGAUUUUGGCCAGUUAUCUCGCGAGUCGCUCCCCAAAGAGUCGCCUGGCCUGUCACGCGAUAUGUUCACUGGCCCAGCACCAAGAUUGACUGCUGCGUUUAGAGACCCGGCAUUUUCGCGUUCCAUCAAGUUCAACGUCAGCGGUUGCGGGCAUUAUGUUUUGGCAGCGACGGGCUGUAUGAUAUAUGUUUACUACCUCGGGAACCGAAGGCGAGGCGACACUCGCCCUCAUCGACCAUCAGGACGGGAACUGGAGGAUAUGCUUGGUGACAACGAUCUUGACAUUUUACCAGUGUCGAGUAUCGGAUGCCCAUACGAAGUGUUAUCGGCGACUAUUGAUACUAGCACGCCGAAGUUUGUCAUUGCAGCGUUACUGCGAGGACGGAUUGGCAUGAUCUGUGAUAUUAAGGGUGUUCCUGUUCAUCCAUCCAGAGACCGAACAUCGUCGCUACUGCGUCAAAACUCCGGCAAUGAACAGCUACCUAAAAAUGAAGCUGUGGCGUUGAAUGAAAUCCGCGAGGCGAUUGCCUCCAGUGCGGCAAUUGAAGAAGUUGCUACGCCAGACGGCCGACCGCCUAUGCCGCCGCGUACCGUCUCAAAUCGCAGAACUAUGAAUCGACUGACCCGUACGCCCCGAAAGUACUUCCACGACCUCUGUUCGAAGGAAGAUCCCCCGCGAAGCGUGUCAAUCUGUCCCGGUCGGAGAUGCGUGGCUUUUGGAUGUGGUUCCGGUAUUGAGUUACACUGGUUUGACGAACGAACCCAAGAAGACUCGAGAAAGCUCUUCCCGCUUUCGCAGCCUGCCGAGGUCUUGCAUUUCCUACCAAAUCGCAUUGAGAUUGACGAUAUUUCGAAGCUCCGACUAGUUUCAUCGCUUGCUGGUCCGGGUGCUUCUGGCUGUCAAUGCCAUCGAGCAGCCAACGGCGAGGACGUCAUCUGCCAAUUUCAUCUAACUUCGAACGCAAACUCUUUCACGCAUUGGACUCCUCGGAGGAAUGGUCGUUUGAGUCUUGUAAAAGCUACACAUUGUCAUCACUAUCGCGCGAUCCCGGUGAAUGACGGCCUCCAUAUCCUUUUCAUCGAGCCAGUCUCUGGUCUUCUUUGCAUUGGCUCAGAUGCGCCGAUUGGUGGACCCACAAACUUGACACGGGCUAUGAUUUGUAUUCCUCCAUUCGGCAACGACAUUAGUUUUAAAGAGGAAUGCGUUCCUACUGUUUUUUCUAUCGGGUCGGACUUGAAUUGGGGACUGCGGGUUGUGGCGGCAUAUCGAGAUCGACUUGUCCUAUACACUGUGCCUGUUGACGUGUAUAAUGUCCUUCGACGGGAACGAGAGCGACAGGGCGAUGGCGUGAUGGGCGACAGUGAUUUGGCUAGGGACUGGUUUCUCGACAGCGAACGUAACUCCAAACGACGCGGCAGUCUCGCGCAGAACCAAAACGGCGACUGGGAGUUUUUGCUGCGAGUGAGCUAUCGGCCAACCGCCAUGCUCUGGCCGUUGAAGAUAUAUGGCAAAGAGAUCGGCCGUAUGGAAAAGGUCGUUGAACUCUCAGUUCAGACGUCGAGUGGCGGAGUGCGUGUCUGGGCAUUCGGUGCGUCUGGUGAAGCGCGUAUCUUCGACAUUGAUACCCAUACCUCGAAGAAACGGCCUGUCGUUGACAUUGCUGUUAAAUCCAUGGGCAUCGCAUCGGACGGCAGCAUUGGCUCGGCGAUGUUGGUUGACCGUGCGGAAUCGGGCCUGCUUUCACCACUACCAGUCAAAGCCACACGCAAGCGAAAGCAACUGAGCCAACCAGCGCCAUUCGACCGGAAGCUGUUGAACAUGUGGAAGAACAACAAUUCCAACCCCGCCGAUGGCGUCAAAAAUACCGAAAUGCUCCCGUCAUCUGUUAUAGCAUCCCCCUCCCGGCCAUCAUCCAGCGCUCACGGCCCUGCGAAUAGACCUCGCCGUACCUCAUUCGCCGCGUGCAUUAUGGACUUGAAGAUCCCUGAACUCAGCCACCGCGACGGCCAGUGGAUUAACCAUCACGCUGAUACAGAACGUGGUUGUUCAACCGUGCCAUGCACGCCAGCAAGCGAGUCUGAAAAUACCGAAUUCCACGACGUUGCGUCGUACGAUCCGCAAGAAAUUAGAAGAUUUUAUACAGUCUGGUCGACGUCCUCGGCGAAUCCUUCUGGACGAUGGCGUUGA